AUGGAAGGAAUUCCAUGGGACCAGGUCAAGGCUGGGGAUCUGGGCUCCUUGCGGGUCGCCCUCUUCUCGAGUUCGACCUUGCGCAGAGUCCGGGCCCUGCAAGAACUUCGCGACAAGAUUGCUUCUGAUAUCCCGUCAGAAUUCCAUCAAGAUGUUUUAGCGCUUCUUUUCCUGACAUAUCCUCUAUAUGUCGACCGAUCUUCGCGCCAUGCUGUUCAGCAAUGUCUUCGCUCCCUCCUUCGAACCCCGAAUGCUGCAGACCAUCUUAAGUACCUGGUUGAGAAACUAAGACUGGAGGCAGCUAAGCCCGGUAUUUCGUCGAGCUCUGGAUUUAUUUUGUUGGAAUGGUGUUGCAGUAUCCUGCAACAAGCAUGUGAGAGCGAGGCUACGCCGUUAGACAUUGUCCUGGACCUUAUCGCUGUAGAGGCUAAGGCUUUGGAGAAUUGCUUUGCACACACUCCGAAGGAGUCGAUGCGAAAAUCAGCUACUCGUGUGACCAGACGUGCUCUGCGUGCAACAUUCUCGAACAAGACAUGGGGUGCGGACGCCGUGCGCCAAUCUGUUAGCCGAUUGACUACGGAUUCCACAGCAGGAUAUAAGAAUACAUUGCUCCUGGGUGUAAUUUCGGGUGUAUGCGCACGGUUACCAAAGAAGAAGCCGGUUCUUGAAGAGUCCAAGAAAGCUAUCCUAGCCUACUACAUCAAGGAAAUUGUGGGCUCAAGAUCUGCUGUGCCUUCUCAUGUCGCCGAGGGAAUGUCUGAUUUCUUUACUGAUUUCGUCACAUAUGUGGAUGUCACCACUGAAUUGAUUCCUCCCAUGGAGAAAACCAUGCUGAGAUCCCCAGAGGUUAUCUUUACUGGUGUAAUCCCCCCAUUGAGUGCAUCCUUAUCCCAAGAUAUUGACCUCUCCGAUAUGGUGCAAACUCGCCUUUCCAAGCAUCUACUAUCCAGCAUGAAGUCGAACAAUGCUGCAGUCCGACAAGGAGCUGCCGAUUCCUUCAGAGCUUUACUAUCUCGAUGCAACACCGAGGCUGUGGUCAUGAAGAUUACAAGUGAAUUGAUUGGUCCUUUGAAAACACAAAAGGUCACAACACCAGACCACCGAGUUGCUUAUUCACAAGCAAUCUCUGCUAUUCCAACAUCAGUCGAUGUUUCCAAGGAGAUCGUUCAAGGAUUUUCACUUGUUCUCUCACGCGAGUCCAACGAAGCCGCUCUCGAGGAGGAGCUCAAGUCCUUUGGCAAUCACCUCGCUUUCCUUGUUGCCUCCAAGGUUAAGGUUGUGGAUGAUGUUGUUAACAAUAUUGUCAAGGGUAUCUCUGAUAAACGAGUUCCAUUCCGCAAGAUCUGGCAGCUUAAUGUGGGAGAAGUGUUCUGGAAGUCUGAUAUCGAGGCUCUCAAGAGCGCCGGAAUCCAGCCUUUUGUUACCAAAUUCCUAGCGAAGAUGAAGGAGAUGUUUGCAGAAGUUGUCGCUAAUCCAUUACCCUCAGCUCAAAGCGGUGCCUUAUCGUCUGCCUAUGUCUUUUUGGCUCUUUUCCAACGUGUGUCAGACAUUGAGGCAGCGGACAAGUCCGCUUGGGAAGAACAUGUCUCUAAGUCAAUGACUAUGGGCGCAAAGCCUUCAUUCCUCCUGAAUCCAAAGGCUUACUCCAAGAUCGGAACCGUAGGAGAAAUGCAAUGGGUGGUCAGAGCCCUGGCCGCCGUCGCUUCUGGGUCCAAGUUCACUGAUGCGGAGGAUGCGGCCAAGACUGCAUGGGCCCAAUCCUUCAUCUACGCUAUCACCGGACCUACCAUGACCACCAAAUCUCGGGAACAUGCCUUGGAAGCUCUUUCGGCUGUCCACCAGAAGGAUGUAGCGUCUAUUGGACGGGUUGUGAUCAACGGUCUUUGGGCUUGGAUUAAUGCUUUCCGUACCUCAGAGAAGGAGUCCGCCGCUUCUUUUGCCAACUCAGGAAGCGAACGUCUUCUGCAGGUUAUUUUGAGGGCCAUCUGCCCUCUCGCGGCAAAGGACGGCUCCGAAGGUUCUUUUUCUGAUCUGGAAGCUCAAUUGAUUAACAUUCUGGUUCUUAGCCAAUCGAACUUGAUUCCAGGUGCCUCUUGGAUUGAUCUGUGCCUCAGAACUGGCAUUGAUCCUGGAAACUUGGUCCGCAGUCACCCUGAGGAGUGUAUUGAGCAGUUGGUCGGUGUCAAUGCAGACCCUGUCCAAUCCACUGUCCCCAAUGUCAACUCCGCCGUUUGGAGCGCCGCAGGUGAUCUGGCAUUUGUAGCUCCAGAUGCCAUGAUCCCUCGUCUGGUUGAUCAAAUCAAAGCAGAUCUGGAUGGAUCCCGUCUUUCCAAAUUCACUGCCACAGACGCAGCGAUUGCUCGUACGCCUGAAGGUACCGCCUUUGUUGAUGUCCUGAGCAGCAAGUCAAAACAUCCUGCGUUUGACAAGAACACUAAAGAUUAUGACACCUUGAAAUGGGAAGAGGAGCUCCGAGCUCAACUGGCAGAGAAGAAGGGACAGAAGCCGAAGAAGCUCACUGGCGAGGAACAAUCUAAGGUCAAUGCUCAACUUGCCAAGGAAGCAAAGAUUCGUCAAGAAGUACUCGAGGAGGUUAAGCGCAUCGAGCGAGGUGCUGGCCUUAUCAGAGGUCUUGCCACUGGCCCUGCCAACGAUGUUGAGGGCUGGAUCAACACCGCAGUCAGCUGCCUGCUUUCUCUUGCCAACGCUGGUGCUGGUCUGUUUGUCGGUGAUGUUGUUUCACAGGCCUUCCUUACUUGCGCCAAUGAGGUUUCCUCGCGAUUGGGCAGCGUUCGAUCCUUUGUGGGUAUUGCUAUCCUCCGGGCUAUCGGUAAUACCAAUCUCGCACCAGAGAUGGAGCUGGAGCACCUUGGAGAACUCGUGACCAGAAUUCUGUACCGUAUGCGAUUUGCAUCCGAGCAACGACCCCUUGAUACUGCAUCCGUUGCCUACGUCCUUCCGUUGAUCUUCUCUAUUCUGACCAAGAAUGGAAUCGAGGAAGUCAAGGGAGGCCAAGAAGGCGAACAAGUCUUGCUCGCCAUUGAGUUCCUGUCCUACCAUUCCAACUCUUUCUCCGAUCUACGACUUCCUCGUAUUGAAGUUCUUCAACACCUACUUUCCGCCAUGCAACGAUACACUCAGCACUAUAAGUUGAUCAAAGAUACAUUGUUCAACUUCUGUCGCUGCAUCUCUCCCAACAUCAACAGCGAAGAGCUUGAGACACUUUUGCAGGGUUCCAUUGUCCCUGAUGCCUCUGUAAGAACAUCUGUUCUUCAAGUCAUUGAGGCCGAGAUUGAUUUGACCGACCUCGAUUUCUCUGAGGAAAUCUGGCUUGGAUGCCAUGACCACGUGGAAGAGAAUGUUGAGCUUGCUCACACCAUCUGGGAAGACAAUGCGCUUGAAGUUGAUGAUGAGGCAUUUGCCAAGAUCAUGAAGUAUUUGGACUCCAAGGAUGGUCAACUGCGCGGCGCCGCUGCCCGUGCAUUGGCUCAAGCUAUUGAAUCUGACAAGAGCAAGUUUGAUGGCAUCUUCUCAGAGCUCCAAGCCAAAUAUGCUGAAGAUGUGAAACCCAAGGCUCCUGAGAAGGAUGCCUACGGAAUGCCCAAGAAGAUGGACAACCCAGACAACUGGGAGAGCCGCAGCGGUGUGGCAUUGGCUUUCGACGCCAUGACAAACCUGUUUGAGGGCGACCAGAUCAUUGCCUUCAUCCAAUUCCUCAUUGAACGUGGUCCUCUUAUUGAUAAGAACUCUUCCGUUCGACGCCAGAUGCAAGAGAGCGGAAAAUCCGUGAUUGCGCAUCGCGGCCAAGAAAAGGUCGAAGAGCUGAUGAAGUCCCUUGAAACGACUUUGGAAACCUCCGACAAAGCAACUCAGAGUUCUGACUUGCUGAACGAGGCGGUGAUUGUUCUUUAUGGAUCUCUGGCCCGACACUUGAAGGCUGAUGACCCUCGUCUCCAAAACGUUCUCAAGAAGCUUCUUGCAACUCUCCCCACCCCUUCGGAAACUGUUCAGUCUGCCGUUUCAGAGUGUUUGCCACCUCUUAUCCGAUUGAGCGGCCCCAAGUCUUCUGAAUAUGUUCAGGAGAUGCUUGACCAACUGCUCAACGUGAAAAGCUAUGCUACGCAGCGUGGUGCCGCAUAUGGUCUUGCGGGUAUUGUCAGUGGCAAGGGUAUCUCGACUCUGCGCGAGUUCCGAAUCAUGAGCUUGCUUAAGGAGGCCACAGAGAACAAGAAAGAGCCUCACCAUCGCCAGGGUACUUUCCUCGCAUAUGAGCUUUUUGCUACCGUUCUUGCGCGUACCUACGAGCCAUAUGUUAUCCAGAUUGUUCCUCAGUUGCUUGGAGGUUUUGGCGAUCCUAGCCUUGAUGUUCGUGAUGCUUGUCUGGAUGCCUCCAAAGCCUGCUUCCAGAACCUCAGCUCUUACGGUGUGAAGAAGAUUCUCCCUACAUUGCUUGAUGGUUUGGAUGAUACGCAAUGGCGUAGUCAAAAGGGAGCCUGUGAACUUCUUGGAGCCAUGGCCUACCUUGACCCACAGCAGCUUGCAGCCAGUUUGCCAGAUAUCAUUCCUCCGCUUACUAUUGUCCUCAAUGAUACCCACAAAGAGGUCCGCAACGCCGCGAACCGCAGUCUGCAGCGAUUCGGAGAGGUCAUUAGCAACCCUGAAGUCAAGAGCUUGGUUGGUGUGCUUCUCAAGGCUCUCAGUGACCCUACCAAACACACAGAUGAAGCAUUGGACUCCCUCAUCAAGGUUUCCUUCGUUCACUACCUGGACGCACCUUCGCUGGCUUUGGUUGUUCGUAUCCUCGAGCGCGGUCUUUGCGAUCGAUCCAACACCAAGCGGAAGUCCGCCCAAAUCAUUGGCAGCUUGGCCCACCUUACUGAGCGAAAGGACCUUAUCGCGCAUUUGCCCAUUAUCGUGGCUGGUCUCAACCUGGCUAUUGUCGAUCCUGUGCCUACUACACGUGCCACUGCUUCAAAGGCUCUGGGUUCUUUGAUCGAGAAGCUUGGAGAGGAUGCUUUGCCCGACCUUAUCCCCAACCUCAUGACUACCCUCAAGUCAGACACCGGCGCCGGAGACCGACUGGGUUCUGCUCAGGCCCUUUCCGAGGUCCUCGCGGGUUUGGGUACCACCAGACUCGAGGAGACCCUGCCUACCAUUCUCCAGAACGUUUCCAGCGCCAAGGCCGCUGUGCGCGAGGGCUUUAUGACUUUGUUUAUCUACCUGCCCGCUUGCUUUGGAAACAGCUUCGCCAAUUACCUCAGCAAGAUUAUUCCCCCUAUUCUUGCUGGUUUGGCUGAUGAUGUUGAGUCGAUUCGCGAGACCUCUCUCCGAGCUGGUCGUCUGUUGGUCAAGAACUUCUCCACCAAGGCUAUCGAUCUCCUGCUUCCCGAAUUGGAGCGUGGUCUGGCCGACGACAGCUAUCGCAUUCGUCUUAGCUCCGUCGAGCUGGUCGGAGAUCUUCUCUUCAGUCUUACUGGUAUUACUGGUAAGUCUGAGGCUGACGAGGAAGAAGAAGAGGCCACUCAAGCAGGUCAAUCCCUUCUCGAGGUUCUUGGAGAGGAGCGCAGAGACAAGGUGCUCUCUGCUCUUUUCAUCUGUCGCUGCGAUACUUCCGGUCUGGUCAAGAGCGCUGCCAUGGGUGUUUGGAAGGCCCUGGUCGCCUCUCCCAAGACCCUCAAGGAUAUGGUGCCCACUCUUGCCCAGCUCCUCAUUCGCCGUCUUGGAUCAUCAAACAUGGAGCAGAAGGUCAUUGCCAGCAACGCGCUCGGCGACCUUAUCAAGAAGGCUGGAGAAUCUGUCCUGUCUUCCUUGCUGCCUCUGCUUGAGGAAGGUCUCCAGACCUCCCCUGAUGUGGACGUUAAGCAGGGUAUCUGUAUUGCCCUGCGUGAGCUCAUCACUUCCGCCACCCCUGAAGGCCUGGAAGACUAUGAGAAGGUUCUUAUCUCUACUGUCCGCGUGGCUCUCGUCGACCACAAUGCAGAUGUGCGAGAGGCUGCUGCCGAAGCCUUCGACGCUUUGCAACAGAUCCUUGGCAAGACGGCUGUGGACCAGGUUCUGCCUUACCUUCUCCACUUGCUGAGAAACGACGAGGAUGCUCAACAGGCCCUGUCUGCACUGUUGACCCUGCUUACCGAGCAGACUCGUGCCAACAUCAUUCUCCCCAACCUCAUCCCCACGCUGCUUACCCCACCUAUUACCGCUUUCAACGCCAAUGCCCUUGCAUCUCUCGCCGAGGUUGCUGGUGGAGCCAUGACAAGAAGGUUACCCAACAUUCUCAACGCUCUCAUGGAUGGUAUGAUCGAGACCCAGGACGAAGAGCUUCGUGCAGAGCUCAGCAGUGCAUUCGAUACUGUGUUGGUCUCUGUUGAUGAGUUCGAUGGUCUGAACGUGGCUAUGAACGUGAUGAUUACUCUGGUCAAGCAUGACGAUCACCGUCGUCGUGCCGCGGCUGCUCUCCACCUCAACAAGUUCUUCGCUGAGGCUGAGCUUGACUUCUCCAGAUACUACCAGGACUUGAUUCGCGUCUUGCUUAUCUCGUUUGAUGACCGAGACAAGAGUGUCGUCAAGGCAGCAUGGACCGCUCUCAGUGGCCUCAUGUCCCACAUGCGCAAGGAAGAGAUGGAGGUUUUGGCUAUUCCCACCCGCCAGAUUCUGCGUCAAGUCGGUGUUCCUGGUGCGGAUCUUCCUGGAUUCUGUUUGCCGAAGGGUAUCAUGGCUAUUCUGCCAAUCUUCCUUCAGGGACUUCUCAACGGUACCGUCGAUCAGCGUACCCAAUCGGCAUUGGCGGUUUCGGACAUUAUCGACCGUACUGCUGCCGAGUUCCUGAAGCCUUUCGUUACCCAGAUCACUGGUCCUCUCAUUCGUGUUGUUUCCGAACGCUCGGUUGAUAUUAAGUGUGCCAUUUUCUUUACACUUAACAAGCUGCUUGAGAAGAUUCCCCUUGCUGUCAAACCCUUUUUGCCUCAGCUGCAGCGGACCUUCGCCCGUGGACUGGCAGACACAUCUAGCGAGACUCUGCGCAACCGUGCGGCCCGAGGUCUUGGUAUUUUGAUUACUUUGACCCCUCGUGUCGAUCCUCUCAUUGCUGAACUUAUCGCUGGAUCCAAGACCAGUGAUGAGGGUGUCAAGAACGCCAUGAUGAAGGCCCUGCAGGAGGUGGUUGGUAAGGCCGGCAGCAACAUGAGCGAGGCCUCGCGUACUGCUAUCCUCGCCCUGAUUGAUGAUGAUGCAAGUGACGACACCGACAAGGUUGCUAUUACUAACGCGAAGCUGCUGGGUGCACUUGUUAAGGUUCUCCCAGAGGCUAGUGCGGUCCCUCUUAUCAAGAACCGCAUUCUGAAUGGCCAGCUCUCACACUCAUCUGUUCUUGGAUUGAACGCUCUUCUGGCCGAGGCUCCUGCCUCUAUGACGGAGCAUUUCCCCACAGAAACCAUUUCAGUCAUCUGCCAGGGUAUUGCUGACAGCGAUCCUUUCGUAUCAGACAACAGUGUUCUCGCUGCUGGAAAGUUCCUCUUGUCCGAGGGAGGUAACCACAGCUUCGAGACUCACAAGACCAUCUUCGAAGCCCUGGCACCUGUCAUUCUGCCCGGCGCUCCGGUGGAUACCCGCCGCUUAACUCUGGUGGUAAUCCGAACCAUCAGCCGUCUCCACCCGGAGAUGACUCGUGCUCACCUGGCUCUACUGGCACCGCCCAUCUUUGGCAGUGUCCGUGAUCUUGUGAUUCCUGUGAAGCUGGCAGCAGAGGCUGCUUUCCUGUCUAUUUUCUCUGUUGUGGAGUCCGACACUGAUGUCUUCGACAAGUACAUGGCUGGUCCUGGCUCUUCUCUCGCGCCAGGACCUAAGCGCAGCAUGUCCGACUACUUCAAGCGUGUUGCCAUGCGUCUUGCUGCCCAGGCCCGGGAGCGUCGUGUUGCAGAAGGCGGUGAAGGUGGACUUGGUCUGUCGAAUGACGAGGUGGAUGAUGAGAAGGAACUGUGGAGUAUUGGCAAGGUGGAUCUUGGGGAGGAUGGUUUCACUGAUGAUUAA